UCUAAACGUUGUAUUUUUUUUUCAUCUUAAUUUCGUCUAUUAGUAUUUAAAAAGUUGUUCUUUAAAAAUUGUUACAUUGGCACUUAAAAAUGCUUCAUUUGGGUGAGGUUUUCCCGAAUUUCACUGCUGAUACAACUCAAGGUGAAAUAAACUUUUACGAAUGGCUUGGCGAAUCGUGGGGUAUUCUCUUUUCGCACCCUUCUGACUUUACACCAGUAUGUACAACAGAGCUGGCGAGGGUUCUUACGUUAGUACCAGAAUUCAAGAAACGCAAUGUAAAAGUCAUUGGAUUGUCUUGUGAUACAAUUGAAUCUCACAAUGAUUGGUGUAAAGACAUCCAGUGUUAUGCAGGUUGCAAUGAGAGUGAAGUAUUUCCAUAUCCCAUAAUUGAGGAUAAGGCCAGAAAUUUGGCAGUGAAACUGGGAAUGGUGGAUAAGGAUGAACUUGAUUCUUCGGGAAUACCAUUAACAGCUCGCGCUGUCUACAUUAUUGAUCCCAAAAAGAAGUUCCGUCUCUCCAUUCUCUAUCCAGCAACUACUGGCAGAAACUUCGAUGAAAUCCUGCGCGUACUGGACUCCCUGCAAUUGACAGAUAAGGCUAAGGUAGCUACACCUGUAGAUUGGAAGAUGGGCGAUGACUGCAUGGUACUACCAACAGUACCUGAAGAAAAUAUUGACACGCUGUUUCCACAAGGGGUCACCGUAGUCCCAUUGCCUUCUGGCAAGAAAUAUCUCAAGAAAACGCCCUGUCCGGAUGUUUAAUCGUAGACUGAUGUUCUUUAUUUUUAUUUUUUGUCAUUAAUGGCAAACGCCAGCCACUGAUGUGUGCAUUUUUGUUUUGUUUUCAUUUAAUUAUUAAAUAAUGCAUUAGAAAAACGUAAUUUUGGU